AUGGGUCGAAUCUUCCUUCCCACAGUCUUGAUUGCUCUUUUAUCGCUGAUUUCCUACACAGAAGCGGGCUGUGGAUGCUGUGGCUGUUGUUGUCCAUGCCCGUGCUGUUGCACAAAACCAAUUGUCAUCAAAUUACCGCCUCCACCGACGAAGAUUGUGCCUUGUUGCGGAUGCUGCUGUUGCAAGCCUUGUUGCUGUUGUAAGUGAAGAUUAAAUACCUUGCUUUUAUGGUUAGGGGCGUUACUUCAAGCUCUGAAAAUUUCGAAACAUUGCUCUUCGAUUUGUCUUCUUAUCUGGAGAGCAAUCUCUGACCACCUAGAUAUCAUACAAUAGGUUGCCUGGUAAUCGGAUCCCACUAAUUCCCCAUUUUUUGUUUGCAAAUAAUGGACACUCCAAGUUUUUUCGCAGCUCCUUGACCUCUUAUCGUCAGUGUUCCAAAGAAAACUUUUAAAAAACCCUUCAAAUUACCUAUACAUGUAUGAUUUUACAUCCUAAUUAUGGUAUAAAAAAUGAUGACUAAUUGUAAAGCUUCCAAUUUCAGCCCCAUGUUGUUGCUGUCCUUGCUGUGGCGGUCGUAAAAAGAGAAACGCCAUCGCCGCCGGCUCCAAGAAGUUCAAGAAUCUUUUGAUGCCUCAGGGCAAUUGCGGUUGCAAUGAUCGGAAAUGCCGGUCGAUUAAAUGCAAUGCCCAGAAUUGUAGUGAAUGCCAGACCAAGUGCACAUCCAUGCCUAAGGGUGUGGUUGGACGUCAUCGGAGAUCCCUUUUCGAGGACAUUGUCCAUCCCCAUCAAAAGGAAUUGAUCGUCAAAACAAAAACCGUGGUCAAGGAAUUCUUUGAGGUCUAA